AUGAACCUAAGCUUCUUCAACCAAUUCUCAAGCCCAUCCCUACUAGGUAUCCCACUAAUCCUAAUCGCAAUGACAUUUCCUGCUCUCUUACUACCCACCCAAGGUAACCGAUGAAUCACCGAUCGCCUAUCUACCCUACAAACAUGAUUCAUUAACCUAGUCACAAAACAACUAAUAAUACCACUAAGCAACAAAGGACAUAAAUGAGCUUUAAUCCUAACAUCACUAAUAAUAUUCCUGCUACUUACUAACCUGUUAGGCCUACUACCCUACACAUUUACACCUACAACCCAACUUUCUAUAAACCUAGCCCUAGCAGUUCCUCUAUGACUUGCCACCCUGCUUGUAGGGCUACGAAACCAACCCUCAAUCUCUCUAGGCCACCUCCUACCAGAAGGCACCCCAACUCCAUUAAUCCCGGCCCUAAUCCUCAUUGAAACAACUAGCCUCCUUAUUCGUCCCCUAGCCCUAGGUGUUCGCCUCACAGCCAACCUUACGGCAGGCCACCUACUAAUCCAACUUAUUUCAACAGCCACCGUCGCCCUGGCCUCAACAAUACCAACAAUCUCACUACUAACACUGCUAAUUCUACUCCUACUCACAAUCCUAGAAGUAGCAGUAGCCAUGAUCCAGGCCUACGUCUUCGUACUACUACUAAGCCUAUACCUACAAGAAAACAUCUAA